AUGCGUCUGCUAAACACAUGCUUGUCUGACACCGGAGACUUCUUGAUCCAGGAGUUUUUCGAUUAUGAAUUACCGCCCUACGCGAUUUUGUCACAUACCUGGGGCGAAGAGGAAGUCACUUUCCAGGAAAUCAACACAGUCAGCGCGAAGGAGAAGAGCGGAUACAAGAAAAUCAUACAGUGCUGCUCGGUAGCAAGGACAGAUGGGCAUAAGUAUGUCUGGAUCGAUACAUGCUGCAUUGACAAGACGAGCAGCGCGGAGUUGUCGGAAGCAAUCAACUCCAUGUAUCUGUGGUACCAAAAGUCUGACUUAUGCUACGCCAUUCUUGCGGACGUACAAUCUGAAGAUGAAAUCUACAAGAGUAGAUGGCUUACUCGAGGUUGGACCCUUCAGGAGCUGAUUGCUCCAUCAAGGUUGAUGUUUCUGAAUGAGAGAUGGGAAGUUCUGGGAGAUAGAGCAACUCUCCGAGACAGAUUGUCUGAAUACACUGGAAUUCCUGCUGGCAUUCUUUCCGGAGAAGAAGACCUUGAAACGUCUAGCGUCGCACAGAGGAUGUCAUGGGCUGCGAACCGACAGACGCGGAGAGUGGAAGACCGUGCUUAUUCCCUCAUGGGCAUAUUCAACGUCAACAUGCCGCUAAUCUACGGGGAGGGCGAGUAUGCGUUCAUCAGACUUCAGGAGGAAAUCAUGCGCAUUUCAGACGAUCAGAGUCUUUUUGCAUGGGCGUCUUCAGAUGAUCGCGGCGGCCUUCUCGCCACCUCUCCUGCCGCAUUCGCCCAUUCCCACAACAUUGUACGAUUCAUUCCUUUUAACAGUCUUGACAGCCCUUUCACUGUCGAUAGUAGAGGGGUGCAUUUAGACAUUGGCUUCGCAGGAAUAUCAGGCGACGGCCUAGGUCUCGCAAUCCUUAAUUGCAAGGAAAGAACCUGCACACAAGGAACCCAGCAAGAUAAGGUGAUAGCCAUCUACUUGAAGGAUCUGGAUUUUACUAUGAGUCAAUUCAAGAGGGUUCAUAGCGAAUCUUUCCGACUUAUCAAUCUUGAAGCCUUUCGACCGGUCCAAUAUCCUGUGAGAAGGAUUUGUGUCCGAGGGGGUCGCACGAUGCUCAUGCGCAAGCGAGUCGCCGCCAAACAAGACGACAUUUCCCCAGAGAGUAUCCAUCUUUAUGACGAGGUCAAAGUGCCGACCCAUUACAUCGACCCAGCAGCAUUAUUGGUGGCCACGGAAGCAGGAAAUCAAGGUGGUGUAUGGUUGCUGUUGACUCGAAGUAAUAUCGGGAUAGAGGCAAAAAAUCUGAAUGGUCAGACACCUCUAUCACUGGCCGCAGAGAAUGGACAGGAAGGCAUCGUUCAUAUGCUUCUUGAGAGAGGCGCCUCAAUUGAGACCAUGAGUUCGCGCAGUCAUACACCGCUAUCAUUAGCUGCAGCGAAUGGGCACGGACGUAUUGUCCAGAUGCUUCUUGAGAGAGGUGCUAUAAUUGAGCCUGAUAAUAAAAAUGCUGCAGCGAAUGGGCACGGACGUAUUGUCCAGAUGCUCCUUGAGAGAGGUGCCGCAACUGAGCCUGAUAAUAAAAAUGGUCAGACACCACUAUCCUUAGCUGUAGAAAAUGGACAUGAAGACAUUGUUCAGAUGCUUCUAGAGAGAGGCGCUGAAAUUGAAACCAAGGAUCAGUUGGGCGAGAAUACACCGCUGGCACUGGCUGCAGCAAAGGGAUAUGGAGGCAUUUUUCAGAUGCUUCUAGAAAAAGGCGCUGAGAUUGAGACCGAGUAUCUGUGGCGCAAGAAAACAGUGGUGGUACAGGUUGCAGCAAAGGCAUAUGGACGCAUUUUCCUUAAACUCCUUGAGAGAGCAGGUGCAACUAAGGAAUCUGAUACCCGGUGGCUUUAUGUACCACUCAUCAAAGCUACAGAGAAUGGGCAUGAAGAUAUUGCCAAAAUGCUUUCUGAGAGAGGCGCCAAAUUCAAGACUAAACAUUCGAUGCUUUGGUGA